AACCUGCUGAGAUUUUCCAGCGUUUUCUCUUUUGGUUUCAGAUUCCAGCAUCCGCAGUAAUUAGCUUUUACCCUUAUCGUCAACAUCUGUGGAUUUUUUUUGGAAGAAUGUAGAGUGUCAUAAAUUUUAAAAAAUUCAAAGAGACCUUUUUAUUGACGUUUACGAGUUGUCGCGCUGUAGUUUGGCAGUCUGAAAGCUUUUUUUUAUUUGAAGUGUAAAUAUUUUUCCUACAACAUUUCGAUGAAAAGGCAGGUUGUAAAUUGCUGCCUUGCUUUGAUGAUUUUGUUUGUGACAUCGCUCUUGGAAAAUUUUCCUUGCGGAAAAUUACAAACAUCGUCCCUCUAGACGUUUUGCAGACAUUGCCUCGAUUGGACAAGAACCCUGCAAAUUCGGGUGCCUUUAUAGCUUUAAGAGGAGAGGGCGUAAUUUCCGGAGAUUAAACGAGCGGUCGUUUACAGUUGCUUCAUAUGAGAAGGGUCUUGUCAGUUUUGUAAGCGCCGGAAGGUGUGACUUCCAUCAUUGCAGAAUACUGAAGUAUUUUGACCUCUCGGUAGAACACUCAAAUGCAAAUCCAGUGUGUUCCGUCACUGUGCAAGUAAACACUUUAUAAUUAGAACGCCGAUGUAAAUUAUCUGCAAACCAUGGGAAUGCAGGAAUAUACCGACGGCUACCUCCAUUGAAUGCAUAUGACUCAGUGAUAGUGUGUUUUCUCUUUCCUAUAAAUGCAAAAACAAAAUCGAUUUCCGCUUUGGGAGGAUUGCUUUUCAUUUUGCCCACUGUACCUGAGCAUGAUCUUCCUGGCUCGACUGGCAAAUCUCCGGAGAUCGGGGAACAAAGUGCUCGGCGCAGUGAUCAAGUCUGUUUGUGCAGGGCAUCACAGUGCUGGAGCCAGGCUGCGGGUGCUGGUAGACAUGGACGGGGUGUUGGCUGAUUUCGAAGGUGGAUUCUUGAAGAAGUUCAGGGACACGUAUCCCGAAGAUCCCUACAUCGAGCUUCAAGAUCGCAGAGGUUUCUGGGUUUCGACACAGUAUGGAGAACUGCAGCCUGAUCUCUGUGAGAAAGCAAAAAGUAUAUGGGAGUCAAAGAACUUUUUCAUUGAACUUGAACCUAUUCCUGGUGCAGUGGAGGCUGUGAAAGAGAUGGCCAACAUGAAAGACACUGACGUGUUCAUUUGCACCAGUCCAAUAAAGAAGUAUAAAUACUGCCCUUAUGAAAAAUAUGCCUGGGUAGAGAAACACUUGGGUAAAGAUUUCCUGGAGCUAAUGGUACUAACUCGGGACAAAACACUAGUAUCAGGCAAUUUGCUGAUCGAUGACAAACCAGAUAUAUCAGGUGUGGAACCUUGUCCGAAAUGGGAGCAUGUACUUUUCUCAGCCUGUCACAAUAUGCAUGUACAACUGAGACCCCCAAAAAGGCGAUUGCAUUCCUGGGAUGAUUGGAAACCACUACUUGACAGCAAACGACAAUGAUGACCUGAGUGGAGCCUGAAAUGUCUCAGUGACAUGGAACAUUGAAACCUAAUUGUUUGGUGCAGAACUAAAGGAAUGGCGUUUGAAGUUAGUUAAUAACUGCCGGUUAUUUUGCGCAUAAACAAUUUAUCACCUUGUGUGAGGGAUUCUGUUUUCCUGUGUUUUCCAUUGAUUAGGUACUUUUCAAUCAAUUAUAUAGAUGAUACACGUUUGGUUAGAAUCCAAUAACAUGCUAGUAAUUGCAUCAAUUUUCUAUCACUUUUGAACAUUGUGCAGCACAUUGCAGUUGUCAAAGUUGCCAAGAUAAAGAAUCAAACAUAAUCCCAUUCUGAAGUAGGCUCAAAGGACCUAAAAUGUUAGUCUGCAUUCUGUCCACAGAUGCUGCCAGACCUGCAAAGUUUCUCCAACAAUUUCUGUUGUUGUUUCAUAAUAUUCAGUGUUCUGUGGUAUUUAAUAUGUUGCAGGUUAGAAUUUCAACCAAGUCCAGAAAUACUUGACAAAAGACACAUUGUCAAUUAACACACUCAGGAGAAAGUGAGGACUGCAGAUGCUGGAGAUCAGAACUGAAAAUGUGUUGCUGGAAAAGCGCAG